GCGGCGGCCGUCGCGGGAUGUGGCGGCGCCUGGCCGGGCUGCUGCUCGUCUUUGCGGCCGCCACGGCCGCGCUCUGGCUGCUGUCGGCGCGGCUGGGCUCGGGGCCGGCGCGCAGGCCGCUGCGGUUCCCGUCGGACCUGGAGGAGCUGCGGGAGCUGGCCGAGGCGCUGCGGGACUACGAGCGGCAGCACCGGGGCACGGCGCUGACCCUCUUCUGCGCCGCCUACCUCUACAAGCAGAGCUUCGCCAUCCCGGGCUCCAGCCUCCUGAACGUCCUGGCUGGAGCACUCUUCGGGCCGUGGACGGGGCUGGUGCUGUGCUCGGCUCUCACCUCUGUGGGAGCCACCUUCUGCUACCUGCUGUCUGGCACCUUUGGGAAGCAGUUCAUUGUCUCCUACUUCCCGGACAAAGUGGCUCUGCUGCAAAGAAAGGUGGAGGAGAACAGGAGCUGCUUAUUUUUCUUCCUGCUGUUCCUGAGGCUGUUCCCCAUGACACCAAACUGGUUUCUGAAUCUCUCAGCUCCCAUUUUAAACAUCCCUGUGGCCCAGUUCUUCUUCUCCGUUCUCAUCGGUCUCACACCCUACAAUUUCAUCUGUGUGCAGACAGGAGCCAUUCUCUCACAGAUCACCUCUCUGGAUGCCAUUUUCUCCUGGGACACACUGCUGAAGCUGCUGGCCAUGGCUGUGGCGGCACUGAUCCCAGGGACCCUCAUCAAGAAGUACAGCAAGCAGCACUUGAAGCUGGAUGGAGAGGAUGCUCCAGUGCUCAACGGCAGGAAGAGCUCCUGAUGGCUCAGCUGCCUCAGCUGCUGGGGGACUGCCUCCUAAAGCUGUAGUUCUCUGUGCCUGGGGGUUAUAUUCUGCAUGCUUUGUGCCACCAUGGACUGAGGGCACUGGCAGUUUUUAAUCCUUCUUCUCCUCUGGGAGGUGUGAGGGUCCCUAAGGAAGGCUGAGCUGUGCAUGUGUCUGCACCAGGAGUGCCAUACAGGCUUUGUCAGCACUGCCCUUCCUCUGCCUCUUUCCUUUGCACCAGCCUGUGUCCUCACAGUGCCUCAGGCUGCUGGCAGCCCCUGCAGAUGUGUCAGCAAUGGGGAAAAGACAAUCAUCAGGACUAGCAGCAUCCCAUGACACAGGCAGCUCUGAACCCUUCACCCCCCAGCACUUGAAGGCAGCUCUGAACCCUUCACCCCCCAGCACUUGAAGGCAGCUCUGAACCCUUCACCCCCCAGCACUUGAAGGCAGAUCUGAACCCUUCACCCCCCAGCACUUGAAGGCAGCUCUGAACCCUCUGUGGAGCUGUACCAGCAGCAGUCUCUCACCCCCACUCCAGGAGCAGCAUUUCCCAGCUGCAGGCAGGCCCUGCUCCCUCCUCCCUCUGCCCCCUCCAAACCCAUCCUCACUUAGCAUUUUUGGCCUCUCUUUCAUGAGGGGCAGUAGUACAAGU